UGUACAGGAAUUGAUCUGCUCUGCAAAUGCUCAUCUCAUUUCAGUAUUGUCUUAAUCAUUGCCUUUCUCUUUUCAGCCCCUGGAGGAACACGCAUAGAUGAUGGUGACAAGACCAAGAUGACCAACCACUGUGUGUUUUCAGCAAAUGAAGAUCAUGAAACCAUCCGAAAUUAUGCUCAGGUCUUCAAUAAACUCAUCAGGAGAUAUAAGUAUUUGGAAAAAGCAUUUGAGGAUGAAAUGAAAAAGCUUCUCCUCUUCCUUAAAGCCUUUUCCGAAACAGAGCAGACAAAGUUGGCAAUGCUGUCGGGGAUCCUGCUGGGCAAUGGCACCCUUCCUGCCAGCAUCCUCACCAGUCUGUUCACCGAUAGCUUAGUCAAAGAAGGCAUUGCAGCCUCAUUUGCUGUCAAGCUUUUUAAAGCAUGGAUGGCAGAAAAAGAUGCCAACUCUGUUACCUCUUCUUUGAGAAAAGCCAACUUAGACAAGAGGCUGCUUGAGCUCUUUCCGGUUAACAGGCAAAGCGUGGAUCAUUUUGCUAAAUACUUUACCGACGCAGGCCUGAAGGAGCUUUCUGACUUCCUCCGCGUCCAGCAGUCCCUGGGCACCAGGAAGGAGCUGCAGAAGGAGCUGCAGGAGCGUCUUUCUCAGGAAUGCCCAAUCAAGGAGGUGGUGCUCUAUGUUAAAGAAGAAAUGAAGAGGAAUGAUCUUCCGGAGACAGCAGUGAUUGGACUUCUGUGGACCUGUAUAAUGAACGCCGUUGAAUGGAACAAGAAGGAAGAACUGGUUGCAGAGCAAGCCCUUAAGCACCUGAAGCAAUACGCUCCACUGCUGGCUGUGUUCAGCUCCCAAGGCCAGUCAGAGCUGAUCCUUCUCCAGAAGGUUCAAGAAUAUUGUUACGACAACAUCCAUUUCAUGAAAGCUUUUCAGAAGAUCGUGGUUCUCUUUUAUAAAGCUGAUGUACUGAGUGAAGAAGCAAUAUUGAAAUGGUACAAAGAAGCACAUGUUGCCAAAGGCAAAAGUGUUUUUCUUGACCAGAUGAAGAAAUUUGUUGAGUGGCUACAAAACGCUGAAGAAGAAUCUGAAUCGGAAGGUGAAGAAAAUUAGAUGGCUCAAGAAGCACAAUACCUAGGCUACCACACAACACUUUUACUGGGAAUGCUGAACCGUUUGAGAAGAGAAACCUGGCUUCUGUUUUCACAAAGGAGAAAAAAAAUAGGAUAGGCUUCCCUUGUGCAGAGGGGAAAUGGUUUUUGUUUUUGUUUUGUUUUUAAAUGGAGCCCUGAGGCAUCAGCUAUUAUACUUGGGACUCUACCUCUCACUCACUAUAUGCUAACUUAAAGCCAUUCAACCAGGAGUCAAGUAGGUAUCUGAGAUUAAAUACUCGACAGACUCCUCUUUUUUAGCUGUAUUUUUCAGGUACUGUGUGGUGAACGCCCCACUGGUGUCUAUUACAGGGCCAUUUUGGUAGUUGUGUAUCUGCUCGUGUAUGUGAUUUGACAAACCAGUUUUUUAAAAUAAAUGGCUUUUUAAAAAUCUGG